AUGGCCCACGUCUUCUCACCUAACCAUAUCGAACUUAUGGCUUUCUUCGGUAUCAGAGAAGAGCCAUUUAACUCUAUUGUCAUUGACUCUUUGGCGACUGCAUUCUUGAGAUUAAGAGUAGGAGAAUCGAAUAAAGGUAUCGUCGUUAUUCGAGCUGGCGAGCAUGGGUCGCUGUCCAUGCAAAUGGGCAGAUCACUACACUGGCAAAGACCAUAUUACGCUUCUGAUUCAGAUAACUCGAGCAGCAAGAUAGUUGACACUACUGGAGCAGGUAAAGCCUUUCUAGGAGGACUUGCAAUGGGCUACUUGAAGAGUAGGGAUCAUGUCGAAGCAUCGCAUUAUGGUGCUGCAGUGGCUAGUUUCAUGCUUGAACAAGUGGGUCUUCCAUCGCUCACUUACGAUGAGGUCACGGAGAAGGAGCUCUGGAACAAUGACAACCCGUACAGGCGCCUCGAGUCGCUCGAAGACUGA